AUGAGUUUGAAGGUAUUGAAUCUUGCUCCUCGUACCGUUUCUACGAGAGCAUUGCUCAGUUUGAGAUCUUCACGUCCAUUUACUACUAAGAAUGGGGUUUUAAAUAACAGUAAUAAGAAAGAUGGCAAUUUAGUGGAUCCAACUUCAGAAGAGGAUUUAGCAUCAAGACCAGAUGCUAAUGCAACAACCAGCACAGACUAUUAUGAAUACAAGCGUGUUGUGAGAGAUUCUACUAACAAGGGGUUUGCUGCUACAUGGUUAAAUGCAUUGGCAGAAAGACAAAGACAGCUGGCACAGGGUAAGGUUAUUGAUUCUUAUUCGUAUAGUCAUGUUAAUUCUACUGAUGUUAUUGAUAAGACAAGAAAGGACUCGUUUGCCUUUGUUGCGUUACCAUUCAGAGAUGAUCCUGUAGUGGCAGAUUUCUAUGUUAAUGCAGCUGGUAGAUUGAGAAUGGGUCAAUUGUUUCAAGAUUUAGAUUCAUUGGCUGGUAAAAUUGCUUAUCAACAUACUGCACCAGUCGAGCCGAUGAUUGUUACCGCUAGUGUUGAUCGUAUCUACCUUUUACAAAAUGUGGACUAUAUCGCUGAUGUCAACGUUAUUCUAUCAGGAUCAGUGAUCUAUACAGGUAGAUCAUCGAUGGAAAUUGCUAUCAGUGCCAGAGCGUUGAGAAAAGAUAUGCCUAAGGUAAUUUCUGAAGAAACUUUAUCCGACAAUGAUAUCUUUAUGACUGCAUCAUUCACGUUUGUUGCUAGAAAUCCAGAGACCCAUAAAUCGAUGGCAAUUAAUAGGUUGUUACCAUUGAAUGAAAGAGAGUGGAUGGAUUUCAAACGUGCAGAAUCUCGUAUGGCAGCUAAAAAAUUGAAGGCAAAUAGUAUGGAUUUAGAAAAGAAUCCACCAACUAAAGUUGAAUCUGGUAUUAUUCAUCAACUGUGGUCUGCAUCGAAGGAAUUGGCUCAAGUUCAGGCAAAGCCAUCAAAUGUGCUCUUUAUGAAAGAUACAACUAAAAAAUCUACCAUGUUCAUGCAACCUCAGUACAGAAACAGACAUUCUUACAUGAUCUUUGGUGGUUAUCUUAUGAGACAAACUUUUGAAUUGGCUUACUGUGCUGCAGCUUCAUUCUCGCAUGCAUUCCCCAGAUUUAUCUCUUUGGACUCUUUGACCUUCCAAACUCCUGUACCUGUUGGUUCCAUCUUACACAUGGACGCUACUGUGGUCUACACCGAACAUUUGCACAUCUCAAAGAGUAAACCCAAGGUGGCUUCCGUUACCGAUAGUGCUAUCGAUGGCAACACAGUUUUCCAUUUCCAACCAACUCCAGUUAACAGGUUGUCUAUGCAUGCUGGUGAUUUCUUGUCUAAACCGGGUACUUUGGUUCAAGUUAAAGUCGAUACUUCAGUACAAGAAUUGGCAUCUGAAGUUUCUAAUAAAUCUGGAUCAUUCAUCUAUUCGUUCUAUGCGCCAAGAGACAUUGACGAAGAGCAUGUUGGCCAACCAGGUUAUGCUACCGUGAUCCCUGAAUCCUACUCAGAAAUGAUUGAAUAUAUUCAGGGUAGAAGACGUGCCGCUGAGACUGCCAACUACGCGGAGAGCAUCAAGCAAAGUGCAAAGUUGUGA